AUGUUGAAGUUCAAGUAUGGAGCACGGAAUCCGCCCGACGCUGGUGCUGCGGAAUCCAUUGCCAGCCGGGCCUCCAGGUUGAAUCUUUUCUUCCAGGGGAAACCACCCUUCAUGACUCAACAGCAGAUGUCUCCUCUUUCCCGAGAAGGGAUAUUAGAUGCCCUCUUUGUUCUCUUUAAAGAAUGCAGUCAGCCUGCUCUGAUGAAGAUUAAGCACGUGAGCAACUUUGUCCAGAAGUAUUCUGACAUCGUAGCUGAGUUGCAGGAGCUCCAGCCUUCAGCAAAGGACUUUGAAGGGAGAAGUGUGGUAGGUUGUGGUAACUUUGCCGAAGUGCAGGUGGUCAGAGAGAAAGCGACCGGGGACAUCUAUGCCAUGAAAGUCAUGAAGAAGAAGGCUUUGUUGGCCCAGGAGCAGGUUUCACAUUUCGAGGAAGAACAGAACAUACUAUCUCAGAGCACAAGCCCUUGGAUCCCCCAGUUACAGUAUGCCUUUCAGGACAAAAAUAAUCUUUAUCUGGUCAUGGAAUAUCAGCCUGGAGGGGAUUUGCUGUCACUUUUGAACAGAUAUGAGGACCAAUUAGAUGAAAAUAUGAUUCAGUUUUACCUAGCUGAACUCAUUUUGGCUGUUCACAGCGUUCAUCAGAUGGGAUAUGUACAUCGAGACAUCAAGCCCGAGAACAUCCUCAUUGACCGAAUGGGACACAUCAAGCUGGUGGAUUUUGGAUCAGCUGCUAAAAUGAACUCAAAUAAGAUGGUGAAUGCCAAACUCCCAGUUGGGACCCCAGAUUACAUGGCCCCUGAAGUGUUGACCGUCAUGAAUGGGGAUGGAAAAGGUGCCUAUGGCCUAGACUGUGAUUGGUGGUCAGUGGGAGUUAUUGCUUAUGAGAUGGUUUAUGGAAGGUCCCCAUUCACUGAGGGGACCUCAGCCAGAACCUUCAAUAACAUCAUGAAUUUCCAGCGGUUUUUGAAGUUUCCAGAUGAUCCCAAAGUUAGCAGUGAAUUACUUGAUCUGAUCCAAAGUUUGUUGUGUGGCCAGAAAGAGAGACUGAAGUUUGAAGGCCUUUGCUGUCAUCCUUUCUUCUCUAAAAUCGACUGGAGUGACAUUCGAAACUCUCCUCCCCCCUUCGUUCCCACCCUCAAGUCUGAUGAUGACACCUCCAAUUUUGAUGAACCAGAGAAGAAUUCGUGGGUUUCAUCCUCUCCGUGCCAGCUGAACCCCUCAGGUUUCUCAGGAGAAGAGCUGCCAUUUGUGGGGUUUUCGUAUAGCAAGGCACUGGGAAUUCUUGGUAGAUCUGAGUCUGUUGUGUCAAGUCUGGACUCCCCUGCCAAGACUAGCUCCAUGGAAAAGAAACUUCUCAUCAAAAGCAAAGAGCUGCAGGACUCCCAGGACAAGUGUCACAAGAUGGAGCAGGAAAUGACCCGGUUACAUCGGAGAGUGUCAGAGGUGGAGGCUGUGCUUAGUCAGAAGGAGGUGGAGCUGAAGGCCUCUGAGACUCAGAGAUCCCUCCUGGAGCAGGACCUUGCUACCUACAUCACAGAGUGCAGUAGCUUAAAGCGAAGUUUGGAGCAAGCAAGAAUGGAGGUGUCCCAGGAGGACGACAAAGCACUGCAGCUUCUCCACGAUAUCAGAGAGCAGAGCCGGAAGCUCCAAGAAAUCAAAGAGCAGGCCGUGAAAGCCAGCACGGAGGCCACCGAGCUGCUGCAGAACAUCCGUCAGGCGAAGGAGCGGGCCGAGCGCGAGCUGGAGAAGCUGCACAACCGCGAGGACUCUUCCGAAGGCAUCAAGAAGAAGCUGGUGGAAGCCGAGGAACGCCGCCACUCUCUGGAGAACAAGGUAAAGAGGCUAGAGACCAUGGAGCGUAGAGAAAACAGACUGAAGGAUGACAUCCAGACAAAGUCCCAACAGAUCCAGCAGAUGGCUGAUAAAAUUCUGGAACUGGAGGAGAAGCACCGAGAAGCCCAGGUCUCAGCCCAGCACCUGGAGGUGCACCUGAAACAGAAAGAACAGCACUACGAGGAAAAAAUUAAAGUGUUGGACAAUCAGAUAAAGAAAGACCUAGCCGACAAGGAGACUUUGGAGAAUCUGAUGCAGAGACACGAAGAGGAGGCCCACGAGAAAGGCAAGAUUCUCAGCGAGCAGAAGGCGAUGAUCAACGCCAUGGAUUCCAAGAUCAGAUCCCUGGAACAGAGGAUAGUGGAAUUGUCGGAAGCCAAUAAACUUGCGGCAAACAGCAGUCUCUUUACCCAGAGGAACAUGAAGGCCCAGGAAGAAAUGAUUUCAGAACUCAGGCAGCAGAAGUUUUACCUGGAGACACAGGCUGGGAAACUGGAGGCCCAGAACCGGAAGCUGGAGGAGCAGCUGGAAAAAAUCAGCCACCAAGACCACAGCGACAAGAAUCGUCUGCUGGAGCUGGAGACCAGGCUAAGGGAGGUCAGUCUAGAGCAUGAAGAGCAGAAACUGGAGCUCAAGCGCCAGCUCACGGAGCUGCAGCUCUCUCUGCAGGAGCGUGAGUCUCAGCUGACAGCCCUGCAGGCAGCCCGGGCAGCUCUGGAGAGCCAGCUCCGCCAGGCAAAGACGGAGCUGGAAGAGACAACAGCAGAAGCAGAAGAAGAGAUCCAGGCGCUCACGGCACAUAGAGAUGAAAUCCAACGCAAAUUUGAUGCCCUUCGAAACAGCUGUACUGUGAUCACAGACCUGGAGGAGCAGCUAAACCAGCUGACGGAGGACAACGCUGAGCUCAACAACCAAAACUUCUACUUGUCCAAACAACUUGAUGAGGCCUCUGGCGCCAGUGAUGAGAUCGUACAGCUGCGAAGUGAAGUAGACCAUCUCCGCCGCGAGAUCACGGAGAGGGAGAUGCAGCUCACCAGCCAGAAGCAAACGAUGGAAGCUCUGAAGACCACCUGCACAAUGCUGGAGGAGCAGGUCAUGGACCUGGAGGCCCUGAACGACGAGCUGCUGGAAAAAGAGCGGCAGUGGGAGGCCUGGAGGAGCGUCCUUGGUGACGAGAAGUCCCAGUUUGAGUGUCGGGUUCGAGAGUUACAGAGGAUGCUGGACACUGAGAAGCAGAGCAGGGCGAGGGCCGAUCAGCGGAUCACCGAGUCGCGCCAGGUGGUCGAGCUGGCAGUGAAGGAGCACAAGGCUGAGAUUCUGGCCCUGCAGCAGGCUCUCAAGGAACAGAAGCUGAAGGCCGAGAGUCUCUCUGACAAGCUCAGUGACCUGGAGAAGAAACACGCCAUGCUUGAAAUGAACGCCCGAAGUUUACAACAGAAGCUGGAGACGGAACGAGAGCUCAAACAAAGGCUUCUGGAAGAGCAAGCCAAGUUACAGCAGCAGAUGGACAUGCAAAAGAGCCACAUUUUCCGUCUGACUCAAGGGCUACAAGAAGCUCUAGAUCGGGCUGAUCUGCUGAAGACAGAAAGGAGUGAUCUGGAGUAUCAGCUAGAGAACAUUCAGGUUCUCUAUUCUCAUGAAAAGGUGAAAAUGGAAGGCACUAUUUCUCAACAAACCAAACUCAUCGAUUUUCUGCAAGCCAAAAUGGACCAACCUGCUAAAAAGAAAAAGGGUUUAUUUAGUCGACGGAAAGAGGACCCUGCUUUGCCCACACAGGUUCCUCUGCAGUACAAUGAGCUGAAGGUGGCUCUGGAGAAGGAGAAAGCUCGCUGCGCGGAGCUCGAGGAAGCCCUGCAGAAGACCCGCAUCGAGCUCCGCUCCGCCCGGGAGGAAGCUGCCCACCGGAAAGCCGCAGACCACCCGCACCCGUCCACGCCGGCCACCGCCAGGCAGCAGAUCGCCAUGUCCGCCAUCGUGCGGUCGCCCGAGCACCAGCCCAGCGCCCUGAGCCUGCUCGCCCCGCCGUCCAGCCGCAGGAAGGAGUCUUCGACUCCAGAGGAAUUCAGCCGACGUCUUAAGGAGCGCAUGCACCACAACAUUCCUCACCGGUUCAAUGUAGGACUGAACAUGCGAGCCACGCAGUGCGCUGUGUGUCUGGAUACCGUGCACUUUGGGCGCCAGGCAUCCAAGUGUCUUGAAUGUCAGGUCAUGUGUCAUCCCAAGUGCUCCACCUGCUUGCCGGCCACCUGUGGCCUGCCAGCCGAAUAUGCCACGCACUUCACCGAGGCCUUCUGCCGUGACAAAAUGAACUCCCCGGGUCUCCAGACCAAGGAGCCCAGCAGUGGCUUGCACCUGGAAGGGUGGAUGAAGGUGCCCAGGAAUAACAAACGAGGACAGCAAGGCUGGGACAGGAAGUACAUCAUCCUGGAGGGCUCGAAAGUCCUCAUUUACGACAGUGAAGCCAGAGAAGCUGGACAGAGGCCGGUGGAAGAAUUUGAGCUGUGCCUUCCCGACGGGGACGUGUCUAUUCAUGGCGCCGUUGGUGCUUCUGAACUCGCAAACACAGCCAAAGCAGAUGUCCCCUACGUGCUGAAGAUGGAAUCUCACCCGCACACCACCUGCUGGCCCGGGAGAACCCUCUACUUGCUGGCUCCCAGCUUUCCCGAAAAGCAGCGCUGGGUCACCGCCUUAGAGUCAGUUGUCGCAGGUGGGAGAGUGUCUAGGGAAAAGGCAGAAGCCGAUGCUAAAUUGCUUGGAAACUCCCUGCUGAAACUGGAAGGCGAUGACCGGCUCGACAUGAACUGCACGCUGCCUUUCAGCGACCAGGUGGUGCUGGUGGGCACCGAGGAAGGGCUGUACGCGCUGAAUGUCUUGAAGAACUCCCUCACCCACGUCCCAGGGAUCGGAGCGGUCUUCCAGAUUUACAUCAUCAAGGACCUGGAGAAGCUCCUCAUGAUUGCAGGAGAAGAGCGGGCCCUGUGUCUCGUGGACGUGAAGAAAGUGAAACAGUCCCUUGCACAGUCUCACCUUCCCGCCCAGCCGGACAUCUCACCCAACAUCUUCGAAGCCGUCAAGGGCUGCCACUUGUUUGCUGCCGGCAAGAUUGAGAGCGGGCUCUGCAUCUGUGCGGCCAUGCCCAACAAAGUUGUCAUUCUCCGCUACAACGAAAACCUCAGCAAGUACUGCAUUCGGAAAGAGAUCGAGACCUCGGAGCCCUGCAGCUGUGUGCACUUCACCAACUACAGUAUCCUCAUCGGAACCAAUAAGUUCUACGAGAUUGACAUGAAGCAGUACACGCUGGAGGAAUUCCUGGAUAAGAACGACCAUUCCUUGGCACCUGCCGUGUUUGCCUCCUCUUCCCACAGUUUCCCAGUGUCCAUCAUGCAGGUGAACGGCGCGGGGCAGCGGGAGGAGUUCCUGCUCUGCUUCCAUGAGUUUGGGGUGUUCGUGGAUUCUUACGGAAGACGCAGCCGCACUGAUGAUCUCAAGUGGAGUCGCUUACCUUUGGCCUUCGCCUACAGAGAACCCUAUCUGUUUGUGACCCACUUCAACUCACUCGAAGUAAUUGAGAUCCAGGCCCGCUCCUCUCUGGGGACCCCUGCCCGAGCGUACUUGGAAAUCCCGAACCCACGCUACCUGGGCCCUGCAAUUUCCUCGGGAGCGAUUUACCUGGCGUCCUCGUAUCAGGAUAAAUUAAGGGUCAUCUGCUGCAAAGGAAACCUCGUGAAGGAGACCGGCACUGACCAGCACCGGGGCCCAUCCACCUCCCGCAGCCCCAACAAGCGAGGCCCGCCGACGUACAAUGAGCACAUCACCAAGCGCGUGGCCUCCAGCCCGGCGCCCCCCGAAGGCCCCAGCCACCCGCGAGAGCCCGGCACGCCCCACCGCUACCGCGAGGGGCGGACAGAGCUGCGCAGGGACAAGUCUCCGGGCCGCCCCCUGGAGCGGGAGAAGUCCCCCGGCCGGAUGCUCAGCACGCGCAGGGAGCGCUCCCCCGGGAGGCUGUUUGAGGACGGCAGCAGGGGCCGGCUGCCCGUGGGAGCUGUAAGGACCCCGCUGUCCCAGGUCAACAAGGUCUGGGACCAGUCUUCAGUAUAA